UUCCCGUCCUAUGCAAGUGUUUCAGAAUGCCUGGAGAUUAUCCCACCCCCAAGGAGUAUGCAAAAGCUCAAAAAGAACUAGGAAGCUGUUUACCAGAAUUUCGCCAAACAGUAAAACGGGCAGUACUUUUUGGUGCUUCUGUAGGACUUCCGCUAGGCUUGUACAUAGGCUUCAAACAUCAUGGUCGAGACUUGCGAGCAUUUGCUGGCAAAUCAUCAGCUACUUGGUUAGCAGUAACCUUAACAAUGGGAGCUAUGGGCGUCAUGACAGGAACGUAUAACUGUUUGCGAAUACGGAUGUAG